AUGGCUUCAAUCCAAGCACUUCAGGAGGAGUUGGCAGGGCAUCAGAGCGACCUCGAGGCCUGCCUACAAGCCAUCGCAUCUGACCCGACAGACACCGACUUGGUUCAGAUGAAGGAUCUGGUCCAACAGCAGAUAGCGACCACUGAGGCGGAGAUCGAUCUGCUGAAGCGGGCACAGAGCGUGCCUCCACCGCCGCCAGCGCCCAAGUUCGACAUGAGCAAACAUCCGAAAUAUCAAAAAGGACUACCGGAGGACGGUCCACCCCCUCCGCCGCCAGAGGAGAGCUACACAGCAGUGUUCAACACAGGAGACUCGGUUGUCGCCAAGUACUCCGCCGAUAAGCAAUGGUAUCCGGGCACCAUAAUAUCCAAGACAGGUAGCACCGCAGACCCAGUGUACGUGGUUAGCUUCACAGGAUAUUCCGAGAAGGAGACGAAGCGCAAGCAUGAAGUGCGCGCUGCCGAAAACAAGAAGCGGAAAGCAGAAGGCUCGUUGUCAGCAACUGCGCCUCCUGCGCCCUCGUCCCCGGUGGUGAUUGGAAAUGUGACAUCUGGUGCUGCAUCAAUAGAUCCGACAUUGGUACAACAGCGUGAACCCAGCAAGGUCAGCGAUGGACCGACACGUAUGCAGCCCGCACCGAAGAAGCUCAAGGGUGCGAAAGCCCUGGAGAAAAACAAGUCGAGCUGGGGCGAUUGGCAGAAGAAUGGGCCAAAGAAGGCUAUAGUUGGUGCACCGAGCAAGAAGCUUGCCAAGGACAGCAUGUUCCGAACACCCGACAUGGCGAAUCUCAACGCCAAAGUCGGCAUCACAGGCUCUGGAAAGCCAAUGUCCAAGGACGUUCAGCGGCAAAAAUACGUGUACGGCCGGGACGAACCAGAAGAUUGA